UGUCGUGGAGAGGAUCAAAAGGUCCCCGUACUGCAUGCAAACUCCCUUGGCCUUCUUCUCGUCCUGGCGAGGAAAAGGCUGUGCAUGUAUCGUCCCCUCCCCAAUUAUUCAAGUAUUCAUGUAGGAGAACCAGCCUGUUUCGAUGUAUAGUUCUAUUUUCUAAACCAAACUCUAUGCUGAUGCGGAAGAGGGACGUCACGCAAUCUGCAAACACAACAGCUCAAAGUAUUACCCACAGUAUUUUCCCAACAUCAUGUCACCGGCCGCCUCUACACCGCCCAGCAGCACCACACAGAUGUCGCUGUGCCGACGCAGCGCCCGCGAGAUCCUCCUCGAGCAGCUGUGCAAGCCGAGCAUGCGCAGCCUUGGCAACCAGUACCCGCUGCGGUGCGCACACUGCGGCAUGACGUUCAUCCACCAGAUACACCUGACGGCGCACAUGCGCCUGCACCAGGCGGUGCCGUACAGCAGCGUCAAGUGCCGCGAGUGCGACACGACCUGUGCCGACGACCUCAGCCUGCAGGACCACCUGGACAAGGCGCAUUCGUCGGGGCGCGGCGCAUUCGCCGUCAAGUUCAGCAUCUCGGAGCGCAUCGCCUACGGCCACCCCGACUCGCCGGUCAGCACGGACGGCAGUCCCCGCCACGGCGCUAUCUCCACCGGCUGCCUGAUCCCGGUCAGUCAGGAGCCGCUGCCCGAGGAUUUUGCGUACCAGUCCGUCUUCACGCAGCGCAAGCACAAGCGGCUCACGUUCGACGCUCGCCCGUCGCCUGGCCAGUCGUCUCAGCCAGCGGCCAAGCGUCCCCGCUCCAUACAUGACUCCCCUCUCAAGCGGCUCACGUUCGACGCUCGCCCGUCGCCUGGCCAGUCGUCAGCUCAGCCAGCGGCCAAGCGGCCCCGCUCCAUACACGACUCCCCUCUCAAGCAGCAGCUGUGUCGCGGCCGCACCAUCAGCACUUGCAGCAGCAGCAGCAGCAGUUGCGGCAACAGUAGCAGCAAUUGCGAUGACCAGUUCGAGAAGCAUGUGGCGGUAACGCGCCCGACCAUUCUGGAGCAGCUACUGACCAGCGCGGACCCGACUAGUCCAGCCCUACCCAGCAUGCCGCAGAUCAUCGUGAAUCAAUCGGAAAAAUCGGAGCGCAACUGCCAGCCUGCACAAGAGCAACAUCAGGCCAAUCACCAACAACACCACCACCACCAACGGUCCUUUGUUGCACAGCAGCAGCAGCAAAAGCGUAUCCUGCGCCACCGACCUCAGAAGCCGUCCUCGCUGCGCUUGAGCCAGCGUUCUCAUCACGACUCCACGUCCAUGGCGGCCGGACGAACAUCUUCGCGCCGCCACGGGAGGCAGGCGGCAGAGGUGCCGGAGACCUCAUCCGCAUCCGAGUGCUCCUCUCCAGUGUACGACGACGACGAGGACAGCGCAGCGGAGCAGAGCAGCAGCGAUUGUGGCGAGGAAACGGCAGCGGACAGCACGGGCAUGGCAAAGGACGUGGCGUGCGAGCACUGCAACAAGCGUUUCCUCUACAAGUGCAACCUGGCGCGACACCUCAGCGCCAUACACAACGAGCGCACGCUUAAGACAGAGACGCCGUCCCUGGGAAAGUCGCCGCGCUCGCCGUUCAAGGUCGGCCGCAUGGAGGCGAUUCCGACGGAGAAGAAGGAGGCCGUGCUGCUGAAGUGCGACUUCUGCGCGCGCACUUUUACGCAGAGGUCAUCGCUGGUUUUGCACCAACAGGUGCACCAGGGUCCAGAGCCGUACCGCUGCUCCAUCUGCCACGGCGUGCGCUUCAGCACGCGCAAGCAGAUGGAGAACCACAUGGCCCGCCAUCGCACCCGUGCCAAGCAGCGCAGUAUCAAGCAGAAGAAAGCAUUACAGCGGCGCAGUAUCGGCAGCAGCAGCUGGACCAAUGACACUACAACAAGCUCGUCUGCCUCCACCCCGCUGGACAGCGCCUUCAACUCGCCCAGAAAGGGCGUGCAAAGCGCAUUCUGCCAAGCGUCAAAAGUUGUGCCAAUGCAGCGCGCCCUGCUACGCAAGCUGAGGGGUGUUGACGCAGCCUCAUCUAGUGACGAUAGCGACGAGGAUAAGUUGAUCAUCGUGGACUCGAACAACGAGGACUAGUUAGUAUUUUCUCUAACUCCGUUUUCUCUCUCUCUCUCUCACACACUUGUAGACACUCUCACGCUCACCUCUCUUUGUCACUCAUUCAUUCGCUUAAUCGAUCACUCACUAAGUCACUCACUCCUUCUCUCGCUCUCUAUGUCACUCACUCGCAAACUUACUCUUUCUCUCCCCUCUUCUCUCUCUCUCUCUCUCUCUCUCUCUCUCUCUUCUCAAGUGAUUGUCGACACACGCUGGUGGCAAGUGUCCUCCACUCCGGUGUUAGUGCGUCUACUCUAGUCACCAGAGUCAACGAAGAACAGAGCAGCCAGAUACUUGGUGCUCCUUGUUCCACCCUCCUGUUAGGUAACGUUACUUUCUGCUCCUUUCCUCAACAUGAUUAUUCUCAACCGUCUAGUUGCUAGGAGCUCUCUUACCCACAAGUCAGACAGUGUCAACCUUGCUUGGUCAACAGUGACUCAGCACCCACCCACCCACGCCAACACAGACAAGAACAGACCAGAGCGCUGGCCGCCUCUUGUUAUAGCAGCUUCUUGCAUUGCACUUUAGGCUCUUGGACCCUCUCGUAACUUACAUUGUCCAGCUCAAGUCUGUCCACGUCUCUGUCCCUCUCUCUUUCUCUCUUUCUCUCUCUCUCUCUCUCUCUCUCUCUCUCUCUCUCUCUCUCUCUCUCUCUCUCUCUCUCUCUCUCUCUCUCUCUCUCUCUCUCUCUCUCUCUCUGUCCCUCUCAAUAGCCCGAUCACUAUAGUUUGUGUUUCUUGACCGGCUUAGAUUUGUGACUGCUCCUGUCCCUGUUAUUUAUUUUUCCUUAUUCUGAAACGGAAACAUUUUCGUUGGGCACCGUCAUAGCCGGGUUCAUUUUACUUUCUCAUUGCACCCCUUCCCCAAGGCUCUCUCUCUCUCUCUUCUGCCCGAUUCUAAUUAAGACAGAGCAAAUACCAGUAUGGCGCUACUUUCACUAGUUUCUUACAUAGCAGAGAUGUUUGAUCGAAGCAUAGCGUGUUGCCGCGACACUAGGCCAUACGACAUUCUUCUUGUAACACUUUCUAAGAAAACGCACCAGUAAACUUGGAUUCCCGAUUUAUUUUCCCCGUCAUAUUAUACUUUAUAUUUCUCCACCGGCAAAGAUUUCUGUUAUCGGUCUGUUAUGUAUAGUACGGACGCUCUUGAUGCCGCGUUUCUUGCGGGGAUUGUGUAUUUUAUCGACAGGCAUGCUCAUUAGGUUCUUCAUGUUUAUUUGAUUCAGAGAGCGCCGAUCAUCAGUAGUUUUAAUUUAUAUUUUCAAAGUUGAAUUUAUUUUUCGCUUUACCACUGCCUGCAUUGUAGCAUCACUUUAGAAUCAAUUCUGAAAUCAAACCGAA